UACUUAAUUGGUAUGUAUUAAAGAAUCUAAUGGCAACAAUCUACGUUAACAAUAAAACAAUAGGAUAAUGACCCUGUGGGAAUGACAAGCUGCUAAAUAGUUUAAAAAGCCUCAGAUGUUGUGAUAGUAAACUUUUUAAAGAGUUUUAAAAUAAAAUAAUGUUGUGCAGGUAAUAAUUAAGUAUUCACGUAGUAUCCGUAAAAAUAUUCAUUGUAUCUAAAGAUGAUGGAACCUAAUAUUAGCCAAAAGAAAACAGUGCUGUAUCUGAUUCGAUUUUCAUUUGGAACAUCGCUUUUGAUUCUACCGUUUACUGUCGUGCAGUUGGGUGCAGUCAACUGGAUGUUCUUGUUAUUAUUGGUGAACGUAGUCAUGAUGUACAUGUGUUAUCUGCUUAAAAAGUCUUUUCUUGUUAUGUUUGAUGAAUACAAAGAACGAGAGAGUAUUUUAUCGCCAUACACAAUAUUAGCUGGAUAUGUGGGAAGGACAGGAGUUUUUGGGAAAAUCGUAGGAGCAACACUUUCCAUCACUUUGUUUCUUUCUUCAGUCGCGUUGGUGUUGUUGACAGCCACCAUUUUAAAUCAAUCGUUUGAAAUUCGAACUCUAUCAGAACAUGGUCAAAUACGCUUAUGGUCGGCAGUAAUAAUAAUUUUAAUAGCUCCGUCGAUGAUAUUCAAAGAAAGAAAAACCGUAACUCUAUCGUCUUUAUUCGCGUUAGUCACAGCACUCGCGUUUUUUAUAUGUGCUUUAGCUAUUUUAAACAUUAUUGGGUCAAGCAAGAAUUAUUUGAACGAGCUUGUAAAACAUAGUAAAAUACACAAGAAAAAUUUUUUCGUUACAUUCGGUACAAUGAUGUUUGUCAUAGCGAAUACAGUAUUAACAUUUCCAGAUAUAUCCAUACUUGUAAAAGCCCCAGAUAAACUUGCUCCUUCAAUCUUUUUCACGUUUGGUUUUACCUUUAUCAUUCAGGCAUGUUGUGGCCUGAUACCAUUUGCAAAAAUUGGACCAAGUGUUAGGCCCACUGUCAGUGAAAAUAUGUUGUUGUUAUUAAAAAAUGAUCAGUUAAAACAUUCGUUUAAAUGGAUUGUCAUCCUUGGCAUAGUGAGCAUCUGUUUACACAUGAUAUUUGAGACGAUAUUGUCGUUACGAAAAAUGUUUAGGUCAGCUCAAGACGGCUCAGCAGGAUUAAAUUGGAAAAGAAUAAGCGUUCAGUUUUUUGUACUAGCACUUCACAUAUGUGUCACGCUACUUGUGCCGAAUUUUCAAGCAAUUUUGUCAAUUGCUGGAGGAUUUUUCGUGACUCUGACGUGUGUCAUCUUUCCAAUCAUCAUCUACAUACGAAUACACGACGUGACUCGAAUCCAAAAGUUGGUUUUUACCAUCAUAAUUCUUACGUUCUUUAUCAUGGCUUUUAUAAACUUUUUUAUUAAUUUGAUAAAUAUUGUUGAUGUCAUAAAACAAAUACCGGCUCAAUUUAUGUGACGUUGUAAAUGUGACGUUGUUAAUGCGACGUUGUAAAUGUGACGUUGUGAAUGUGACGUAUUUUUUGUUGGUUUACUAUUCUUUUCUGUUUUUUAUAUUAUGUAUACUUAUUUUACAUAAAUUGUUUCUUAAAUGAGUGUAAAAUUCUUUUCUAUUCUAAUUCUAAAAUUCUUAAAUUGGGUCUUAAAUGAGUGCAUCCGUGGACCAUGGUUUAACCAAUAAGAUUGUGAUAAUUAGCACCUCUAGAUUACCAGAAAAAGCAUCCAACUAUAAUAAAUUAGGUGAAAUGGAUUGCCUUAAAAGGGUGAGGUAUCCCUCUUGCACCCUUGUGCGUAGCAUGGCAGUGAUCGUUAAUAAUAAAAAUGUAUAUGUAACUUGUUUUUUUAAGUUAGUCUUAUUCAUGUAUAUGUAUAUAUAUAUACAUAAAAAUAACAUGAUAUUAAUAAAGUUAGGCGUGGGAGUCUUCACGUAUUUUAGCGGUUAAAAAAUGGAUUUAUUGGAUCAUGGAUACUCCAAAGAAAUUAGCAGCAUCUACCUUUUACAGCUUUGAUACGCUAAUUAGUGUUUUAUUAGCCGUUUGUUAUAGCGCGAAGAACUAAUUGUCUAAAACUAAAACCUCAUCCAAUAUGGCUAUCUAAAUAAUAACAUCUUGAAUGUAGCUAGUACAUAUAUAUAUAUAUAUACAUAAUAUAUGUAUGUAAUGUUAUAUAUGUAAUUUUUUUCACUAUAACGAGUGUCGUGCCCUUAGAAUACUGGUCGAGCUUUUUUAUUGUUUACUUCUAUUGUUCUUUAGUCACGUGAUCAUUAUCGUGAAAUCUUUUUUCCUCGAUAUUUUUGAACGGAUGGUUUUAGUAAUGCAUGCAAAUAUUUAGGAGAAUAAACUGUGGCUGCGUUGGUCCUUUAAUUGGUUUAACUUUUUUACUCUGAGAAAUUGAUUGGUUUUACUUAUAUACUUGCGUCUCAACUUGCGUAUGAGAGAAAGUGAGUUUUGAUAUACUGAAAGGGAACUUGGUUACUAGUUUCGCUUAUAUAU